GACGUAGUCAACGCUCCAACUGGACCAUCGAAGCAGUCUUAUGUUGUCCGUUCCUUUCAGGAAAAUAAAGCUAGGAUUAAUCGACCGUGAACGUUCUUUCCCCAAAUAAUGCUCACAUUCACGUUACACGUUUUAAAGCGAAAAUUCAACCGGGACUAAAAUGUGUUUAACCUAAACAUAUUUAUUUGCCGGAAUACGAAACGGACAUUUAAUCCCCGUUAACGGUCAGAUAGGUGUUAGCUACCAAGCUAAACAUCGAGUGUAAUUUGCUUUGUACUACAACUGCUGCGUGCUAUUUACUGUACUAUUUGUACUCAUUUGAGGUGACUAAAAAUGUUGCUUUGAACGUAGCACGGUAGGGGAGCAGGCUACUCCACGAAGAGGAACGCACCAGCCAUACUGUUGAGAGACAGUUGAAUAAAAGAAUGGAUCAAGUUUACCAGACAUACAUUCACAUUGCAGCGAACGCUCCCCGUAGUUUUGACCGCAAUGAUGCAGAAACUUUGCACUCUGGUGGGGAACGUUCGAAAUCUGAUCCAGAGCUGACGAGAAAAAUGAUUAUGCCUCGACACAUGGAGGACCACAUUUUUGGAAAUAAAGCUGCUAUUGCUCCGAAGAAGAUGAAACUGAGUGAGAAGGAACAACCAGGACCAGAUUGUGUAGCCACAACUUCCAGGAACAGAGUAACUACAUUUUUGCAGGAGCAACAAUGUCCCAGCUUUAUGUUAAAGUGCAAUAUGUUUAAGUCACCUGUUCCAAGAGAGGCUCCAAUCCCCAGAUCAGGUCAAGAAUUGCUGGAAGACCAUCACCCUCUGAAGCAACCAGUGAAAGCUCUGCUGAAGCAUUCAAAUGGUCAUCCCAGUGUCUUUGUAUCAAACCACCCGGUUCCUGAUCACAGGGCCAUUAGACCUCUUGCUGCACAAUUAUUUCCCAGACCACCACCUAUUGCAACGCCUCCUCGCAGUUCAAGUGUUACUUCACCAGACCAGGAGGAGAGUGACGCCAACAAAGGCUUUGAGCGCUUCCUAAGCUUGCUCAACAGUGGAGUCAACAUCGAACUGCUAAGUAAGAUUGUCAACGAUGACAGCGAAGAUCUCCAUUCAGAAGACGGGUCCGUGAACAUUAAGCCCAAUGAUGUCGAAGCUGCCGGGGGGGAGGGGGAAGGGGAGUCGGCGGGGACUUCGCAAGAGGUUUCCCCGGUUCCCCAAAGGCGCCCCAUGGAUAAUUUUCCACUCGAGCAGUCUCGAGAUGACACUCUGCGCGUGACGUUGGACCAAGUGAUAUCAAUUGAUGGGAAGCUGGUUCGCCCGGGGAUAGAGCGGCGUUUCCCUUACUUUGCAUUAAUUAGGCACAGAUUAUACAGAGUGAGUUGUGACACUCAGACAGGAGAGGAAAUCACCCAAUUGCUGGUGCCAAAAAGCCGUCGGAAAAUGAUUUUCAAGGCGGCACAUUUCAACCCGAUGGCUGAUCACUUGGGGUAUGAUAAAACACUCAACCGGGUAUUGGCCCUUUUCUAUUGGCCACGCAUCCGGGCAGACAUGCGCCGCUGGUGCGCGGCUUGCUCAGACUGUCAUCAAGUUAACCCAGCGGCCUCUAGGGCGCCUUUGCGGCCAUUGCCACUCAUAGAAGUCCCAUUUGAGCGAAUUGGCAUGGACCUCGUUGGACCAUUUGACCCGAGCACCCAGGGAUAUCGUUUUGCGCUAGUCCUGGUGGAUUGUGCAACACGCUAUCCUGAAGCAGUACCGCUGCGCUCCAUCUCUGCAAAGAGUGUCGCGCAGGCGCUGUUUCAAGUUAUCUCCCGAGUCGGAAUCCCGAAAGAGAUUCUGACUGACCAGGACACGUCCUUUAUGUCACACACGUUAAAGGAGCUGUACGGAUUAUUGGGGAUCAAAUCCAUUCGGACCAGCGUUUGCCACCUGCAGACUGAUGGGCUGGUAGAGCGGCUGAAUAGAACCUUGAAAUCCAUCAUCCGGAAGUUCGUACUCAAGGACAAACCAAAUUGGCAUAAAUGGUUGGAUCCCCUGUUUUUUGCAGUGCGGGAGGUUCCUCAGUCCUCCACAGGGUUUUCCCCAUUUGAACUGUUGUUCGUCAGGAAGCCGCGCGGGGUGCUGGACCUAGUUAAAGAAAGCUGGGAGGAAGGUCCAAGCCCCAGUAAAAAUGAAAUUCAAUAUGUCAUGGACUUGAGAGCGAAACUCCACACAUUGGGGCACUUGUCACAUAAUAAUUUGCUCCAAGCCCAAAAACGUCAGCAGAGCCUGUAUAACAGGGGUACGCAACUCAGACAAUUUUCACCGGGAGAGAAAGUAUUUGUAUUACUCCCAACGUCCAGCUCUAAAUUACUCACCGAGUGGCAAGGACCCUUUGUGGUCUCACGACAAGUAGGUGACGUGGAUUAUGAGGUCAGGCGGUGUGGCCGAGGCUUGGCAACACAAAUAUACCACCUCAACCUCCUAAAAAAAUGGAAGGAGGCGGAGCCUGUCUCCAUGGUAACGGCGAUAGCGGAGAGCGAGGAGCUGGGUCCGGAGGUUCCUCCCUCCCCGAAGCCCUUCCCUCUCCUCUGUGAUAAUCAUCUCACGCCGUCACAGAGAGCAGAUGUGGCCACUUUGCCGCAGCGUUUUGCUGACGUGUUCUCCCCCAUGCCAGGCCACACGAACCUCACCCAGCAUCACAUAGAGACCAGCCCAGGCGUGACUGUGAAGUCUCGGCCCUAUAGGCUACCCGAACACAAGCGAAAAGUAGUUGGGGAGGAAUUAAAGGGCGUUUUAGAUGUUCCUAUUGGCAGUGAGAACCACGUAUGUAACAAUUAUACUCUGAUACCAGAGGGAACAGAGCGGUCCACUUACGAACAGUCCUCCUGUGAGACACACUCACUGUCUGAUGACAACAAGAACAGAAAAGACAGACAAAAGUGCUCUUUAAGCCUCAGUGAUCGAUCUAAUUUCCCCCCAGCAAUAGCGAACCAAAAGGAAAAAGAAAAACCAGCAGAGGUUGAUGCGAGGUGUGAACUGCUUCAGAACAUCCUAAACACUGUGGGCUUGAACCUGGAAACCGAAGAGCUGAGCAAACUAACAGAACGGACUGAAGAGAGACUGUAUGGGAAAAGGAAUGAGAGAAGUCCAGUGGGCACCAGCAUAGUGGAGCAUGACAGUACUAGUAGUAGUCACAGUCCCUCUCGCAUGCAGAUCUCCAACAGCAGGAACUCUAUGGAUCAUCACAGGGAAAAGUCAUUUUCCGAGUGCAGCGACUCAAGAAAGAGCAGAGAGGAACUUUCUUUAUUUUCUUACCAAGAUGAUGCACCAGUACAGAGGAUUUCUGGCAACAACCAAGAUCUGCAAACCUUUGAUGAAACCCAUCACGCACAUUCCAGCCAGGAGUGUAAUACUGUUUCAGGUUACAGUUUGCCUGAGCAUUCUCAAUUCAAUGCUUCUUUCAACGGUGACAACAAUUCUUGCUGGACACACGCUCAUGGUUCCGGUUCCAUGUUCUCUUUGCCUUACUCAUUGUAUACAGACCACUCCCACCCUUUAAUUGCUUCCGCAGACUCUGAGUUACGCCACUAUAAUUACCACUCCCAUGAACAUGUCUAUAAGAAUCCAGACCUCUCCUUGAGCGAAUGUCAGUUUGGCUCAAACACUGGCCCAGGUUGCCUGCAAACAGUUGAACUGUCACGCCAUAGUGCUAAACGAAAAGCUAAAAAAAAUAAAAAGAAAAAGAAAAAAAAUAAGAUACAUCUGUCGAGGAGAAGUAGUGGAAGGAUACUAAAACCAAUAAAACUGACAAGUGACCUUCCGAAGAUGAUGGAGCCUCCGCACGGCACGAAACACCAAGAGGUUGAUCAUCCAAGAAAUGGGAAACAGCCACCAACAGAAGAGGAAAUUAAGCAAAACUGGAAAAAAAAGGUUGGUACAAUGUUUAUUUUUAUUUUUACAUUAGAUCAUUCUGCUCUCUUUCCGAUAAAAACGAGCAAUAUCCAAUACUAUGUUGAUGUAGCCACCGAGGAAGAGCCCACCACCUGUCAAUAUGACGACGCGUAUGUAGCAGUUACUGUAACCAAGAUGGGAGACGAGGAAAGACUGGUGUGUUGUUUCCUUUAAUGUUAAUAAGAUUAAAAUGUUACGCAGAGGUAUAGUUAUAACAAUUUUACAGACAAACUAUACUAUUUAUAGUCACGGUGGAGAAGGGGGGGGGGCGCAAAAUAUUUUCUUCUUCCGAGGUGGGGCGUAACAAAAUAUUUGAGAAGCACCGCUAUAAGUUGACCUACAAAACCGCAACAUGGACACAUAACACACUGUUAAUGAUAUUGAUUGUCUGCGUGUGAACUGUUUCACAUUGUAACGACCUAAUAGUUAGUAUAUGUGUGGUCUUUGAAUUGUCCGACUGUUUUUGUGGUCGUGAACACACAAAUAGCUGAUUUGAGUGUGCGCGCCCUUUGGUGUGAAUGAAAGAAAGCGAACGGUUGCUGUCAAUACAACCUAAAGUUUGUUUGUUUUGGUGUGAUUACGACAGAAAGUGAUCAGUUUGCAUGAAAGUAGUUUUGUUGCUGAUGUUGUUUUGGUGUAGUUACAACCGACAGUAAUCAGUUUUUCUCAAUAAAAUGAUUGUUGAUGCAGACCACCUCCUUCCCCUCCUUACAACGUCUCGGCUGAUGUCGGCUGUCUGUUGUGACCACUUUUUGAAAAUGAUACAGAGGAAAUUGUGUUCAUUUUGUUUAGAGUUCAGGUUGGAUUUGGAUUGUGUGCGCUGCAUAGAUUUUCCGUGCGCGAAGUAAAUCGGGAGCAGUGCGCAAUUGCGCAGGGGCGCACCUUAGAGGGAACAUUGCCUCACACUAAGCAUUUGUUGCACAAACAUACUAGCUUUGUUAAACAAUAUCAUAGACUGUAUUGGACAAUAUAGUUUACAUACAAAAUGUCCAUUUCCAUUUAUUACAAGUAAUAAGAAAACGCAAAUGCCUUACUUGCCUAUCAAGGAGGAAAUUAGCAAGUUUGGCAUCAGAUGAAAAAAUCUUCUCACCCUUCAAUCGUCUCCAUCUUUCAAAGGCAUCCCCGAUACAAAUCCUCGUUUUGUUCCUGGCUUUGUCAUGAAUAAGUUGAGAAUCGUAACGUCGCCUUUAAGCUUUACUAAGGUCUGACAUGUUUAGUAACUUUACCAGUGGCAGUAGCUAGACGAAGGUGGCGGUGACACACUCACAGACUUUCUAAUUGGUCAAACGGUCGAGGGCGUGAGAUGGAAACAAUAACAAGAUUUCGGGGCUGUAAAUCUAAUUUCGAAAUGAGCAUAUCCCGGCUGAACUACUGUUAUCGAGUUAUAGAGGUAUUCGAAAAGGAUAUGAUUUAUUAAUGCCUUUUGACAUAUCAGGGCUUGAUUUGACAUUGCAUAUGGCACCUUUAACUUGUGCAAAGCUGGACAGCCAGUUAACAUCAAUAUUUCCUCCAAUAAUCACACAUGGUUGGCCUUUUCUUGUGUUUUAGUCAAGUCAUUUACAAAAGGUAAACAUAUAGGCUAAUAGGAUCUGGGACUUUUGGAGUGCCGAUAGAAAGAGAUGGCUCAGAAAAAUAACGACAAAUUGGAAUGAGCGCAAAGAACCCUGAGAAUGAGAGAGAGGUUUUGUGAUUAUUUAAAACUGAACACAGACUUUGGUGAAAUGUUUACACAAUCAAACGAAGCAUAUUUAGAAGGUAACUGCACUGUUUUUGGAAUUUUAUUUUAUCUAUUGUUCACAAUCAUUAUUAGAAACAAGAAGACAAAAGGAUGGGGUUUUUUCCGCUUUCCAGCAUUCUGCUCAUUCUUGGUGGCUAGCAAUGCAGCUAAUGAAAGCAAUCAAUUCUACCUCUAAAUCACUUGCAAUGCAAUCAAAAUCUGCAACAAUACUUAAUUUACGUACAUAACAAAGCUGUAGCAACAUUGUUAUUGUAAGUGUAAACACUGAGGAACUCUUUUAUUAGCAUAAUAACACAUUGCCAUGCUACGGUAUUAGCCGUAAAAGCUAACUACGGCAAGAGAUACGCUAGCUUCGACGUCAACAAGAAACACGUUUGAGUUUGUAAUGCACAACUCUGCGAUACGACACCAAUUUGUACAGACUGAUAAACAUGAACAAUAAUAUUACAGUAUCCGUAAAGUAUUAGCCCAUAUUUCAUGUUUUGUUUGUACACAGCUAGCCAGAUAGUUCAACUACAGUGCAUGCGCUAACAUGCUGAGUGUAUCAUGAUCAAUAUUAAAGUGACUCACUCGUCUGGUCCAGCUGGCCGGGCACGUUUCCUGUUGAUUUUGGGUACGCACUCCAUUUAUGUCAAAAUAGCUUUGCUCCAAGUUCUGUAGUGUCAAAAUCGCUUUCACCUCGCUCUCCCGGCUUCCGUCUGCUCCAACGUCUCACUCUUCUUUCGUGCUGGCUUCUAUAAGCAUCAGUAUAUUUAGCUUCAGAAGUAUGAGGUUGUGAAUCCUAAUUUGUCUGUAACCAAGUAUUCCAGGAUUAGAAAACACACUGUUCCGUAAAUAGGAACACACAGUUGAUGCCAGAAGUCAUACUGCUUUGGAAACAGAAAUAAAUGCGAGAGAGAAAUCAGUCCCGGAAAUGAUUAAAAUGAUCAAAAUACCGUAAGUAUUGAACAUAUUACAAAAUGUUAUGAACGUGUCUGUUACUAUGUUAUAUACCGUAUUUUUCGGAUUAUAAAUCGCUCCGGUGUAUAAAUCGCACCGACCGAAAAUGCAUAAUAAAGAAGGAAAAAAACAUAUAUACGUCGCACUCGAGUAUAAGUCGCAUUUUUGGGGGAAAUGUAUUUGAUAAAAUUUAACACCAAGAAUAGACAUUUGAAAGGCAAUUUAAAAUAAAUAAAGAAUAGUGAACAACAGGCUGAAUAAGUGUACGUUAUAUGACGCAUAAAUAACCAACUGAGAACCUGCCUGGUAUGUUAACGUAACAUAUUAUGGUAAGAGUCAUUCAAAUAACUAUAACAUAGAACAUGCUAUACGUUUACCAAACAAUCUGUCACUCCUGAUCGCUAAAUCCGAUGAAAUCUUCUUCCUCGUUGUCGCUUCUGGUAUGCGGCGCUUCCUUUCUUUCUGCUGCUCGGUCACCGUUUUCUGCUGCAUAUUUCACUACGUCCAGCUUGAAAUCUGCAGUAAAUGAUUUCCUUUUCGGUGCCAUUUUUGUUCAGUUUUUAUAAGUUGCCACCAAUGUAGAAAUUAUCCAUUUUAAUAGCUAUGGCAGUAGCAUAUAGCAGUUAGCAUCCCAUGACCCACAAUGCACUUCUGCCAUGACCCUCCCCCGCCGAAUUCUUAUUGUUGACGUGUGUGUGACGAUUGCUGACAUUUUGCUUCGUCUCUUCCGUGAAUUAGAUUCAAAUUAUUUGAUAUUUUACGGUAAUGUGUUAAUAAUUUCACACAUAAGUCGCUCCGGAGUAUAUGUCGCACCCACGGUCGAACUAUGAAAAAAAACUGCGAUUUAUAAUCCGAAAAAUACGGUAUAUACUUGCACUGUGUGUACGGUAUAAACGUUUUAGAGGGCUUUGAAGGCUACAACGGUGACUCCCAUUAGCCGCAUCUUUCAAUUGUUUUUUAUUAUCUUUAAAAUCGUAAAACAAAAAAGACGUAUGUUCUUGUCUCUCAUAAUGAUUGAGAACGAUAGACAAAUAAAAAAAUAAAAAAAUGCAGUUCCCCUUAAAGAGCAGCAGACAAGCAGAAACAAGGUAAAAGUUUAUUUUGGUAGCUAACAUCCUAUAUUUGUCUUGCGUAACAAAUGUUUUAUUUAAACACAUGAGAUGACAUGUUGGCAUAUACUGUCUGUGUCUAAUGCAAACUUGUUUUAUGUCCAAAUAGUUCAUUAUGAUCUAUUACCUGGUUCAUGUUUAUCAGGCAUCAGUUGUUUUUUUUUGUUUUUUUACUUAACUUUUUUUAAUGUAAGAAAUAUAUAGUGAUACUCCCGUAAAAGUGCAAUUUAAAUAUUAUGUGCAUUUAUAAAAAGGAAAGGUCAUUCGAAAAUCCUUCCUUAUUUAAACUACCGGUACAUUCCUUAAAUGUCGUAUUGAUGCUAGAAGGUGUAUUUUAUUCGAUUACUCAAUCAAAUUAAUUAUUCAAUAGAUUACUCGAUUACUAAAAUAAUUGAUAGCUGCAGCCUUACUUACAAAGUCUCUAUGGCGGAAGCAUAUUGCAAAAUAAUAAAAUGGCGUACAGUUUAAUUCCUGCUGAUAUCGUAUCAAAUCAAUGUCUGUAUCGACCAAUGCUCAAGACUACAAUAUUGGUUCAUAUCAGAAGUAAAAAAAGUUGUAUCGAACACUACUACAAAUAAUCAACAGUGGUAUGUUUUAGUAUUGGUAUGGUAUAUGUUGACCUUCUGGUAAUGCAAUUUAUUUUAAAUUUGGUUGCUAAAGUCUCUAGCAUCUAAAAACAGCAUUGUUCUGUAGUUCUAUGUGUACAGCAUUCCACAAAUGUACAAAUUAUGAAUCUUAGUUUGGAACUCAUUCUAUGAAUAAAGAAUCAUUUUGGAUUAUAAUGAACUACAAUCGAGCCAAAUUUAUUAUGUGUAUAUAAUUGAUAAUGCAAUUUAAUAACUCACGCUUUUUCAUCUGCGGUUCCAGUAACUGUUACAUCAGACUUUGUCAUGAAGCUGGUGUACUGUCUGUAACCGGACUUGUGGUACCGCACUUCCAUGACCACACAGUCUCUGUCUUCAAUAUGCAAGAGAAUGCUACUGUCUUGCUUUAUCCUGGCAGCGUUCAUCAACUGGCCUAAAAAUAAAAGAUGAUUAAAUGGUUUGUAAGUGCUACGUGUAGUGUGUGUGUGUGUUUACCUGCUAAAUGCGUUUGUGUCUGUGAAAGAUGGUCCCUCUGCUGUUUGCCUCCCACAGUAAUUCUCUUGUCCGUUUUCUUGCAAAUGAUACAAAUGGCAGGGAGCACAGUGCCAGCAGAACCGAUAGGCAGGCCCGUCUUCGAUCUUAUAGUUUUUUCUUUGGAAUGUCACUUGUCGACCCUGAGCGUUGUCCGAUGCCACUGACUCAUCUUGACCCACAUCCAGCCGUUUGGACAGUUUUUAGGCAGAAUCCAAACGCUUCUUAUCAAUGAACUGCCGGUAACAAGUCGGGUGAAGCCCAGCGUCAUCAGGAAUAUCUUUAAAUUCAACAUCGAUACAGGAUUUGAAUGUCUCGGCUACUUUAAGAGACUCGCCAUCACAGCAAAGCCACAGUUUUAAACAAUUCCUGCAAGUAUCCCACCUUGUGAUAGUGAAAUCAUUCACCUUUUCAUUCCUACAGGCGUUACAUGCAUGUAGCAUAUUUUGUUGUUCUUUUUUCGAACUUUUUUAAGGUGUUUCAGCUGUUUUAGAGUAUUUUCCGCUUCAUCGCUAGACGUUGUUGACAUCGCCAUCUUCGAUCCGCGCGGCUACCUGAUUGGUCGAAUGUGAAGCACGUGACAAAAACGUCACCUGUUGGGACGAAAAUAUUGUUACGCCAAGCAAGAAAUAAUCCCGACUUUAAACACUAAUAUAAAAACUUUCCUUGGAUGUCCAGUGGAGAACUUAUUUUUUCUCGUUGAAAACCAAAAUAUCUUUUUUAAGAACCAAAAAUGAUUUAGUGCCCAGACAUGGGAACGACAUGAAACGAAAAACGGGUUCAACUUACGGCCUAACAUAACAUUUUUCAAAUGUAUCAGACAUGUGUUCACACAUGAAGCAGCUCAAACUUAUUUCAAUGCAAUAAUUAUGUGUAGUUGUUUAUUAUUCCAUAUGAUGUUGGUUCUUGGCAAGUAAAACCACCCUGAGGCCAUUGGAAACUUUGCACAAACAAUCGCUCAACAUUCUCGACCGAAAACCACACCAUCACCACUUACUACAUUUCCAUGCACUAAAUAAGUCUGAUUUCUCAAAUAGUUCGGUAUUGGGUUUUUUACACGCCUAUGUGUGAAGUUCAAGUGUCCACGCACACUCUUUAAUGCAGGGGUGUCAAACUUAUUUUAGCUCAGGGACUGCAUAAAGGAAAAUCUAUUCCCACGAGGGCCGGACUGGUACAAACAUUGCAUAAUAAUUUAAAAAUAAAGACAAGUUCAAAAUUGUUUUCUUUGUCUAAUUUUGGCCAAAAUAGAAAAGCACAUUCUGUAAAUGUACAUAUCGUAAAUAAUCCCCUUGGCAAAACACUUUAAGUUAGUUGAAAAUUCUGAGGGAAAAAAAUGGUGCAGUUUGAAAAACACCAUGAAGAACACAAUACACUUAGACUUUGUCUAUUUACAAAGCCAUUACACUUUAAGCACUUCCUGUUUAGCAUUCUCAUGUUGGCAUUUCACCAUUAAAGACGUGUUUGGCAAAGCAAUCGAGUGUUUCCUCAAUCUGCCGCAUUGGUGACAUCCGCAAGUGUCAUAACACAUUCAUUUAUCAUCAUUCAAAUAUUACAUAUACAUAUACAGUGGGGCAAAAAUGUAUUUAGUCAGCCACCAAUUGUACAAGUUCUC